UUGACUUUUUAUAUUAAUUUUUGUGAGUUAAACAAAUUAUUAGAUAAUAAUUAUUGUUUGCAAAGGUGACUGAUAUUAGCAUAGUCAUUGUAUUUCCGUUCACAACAAGCCCAGUUUGUUAAUAUGUUUAAAAAUCUAAAAUUUAAGAGGUUACUAAAAUAUCUCUUUUUGUUGAUUAUUAUAAUUGUCCUUAUAAUAUCCCUCUCUUCAUACAGGAAACCCAAGGCAUUUUCUUUUGAUUCAUUUAAUAAUAUUACUGGAGUCCCGUAUAAAAUAAUUCCGAACACUGUGCAUUAUGUUUUGUUUGGAUCGACAUCAUUAAACUUCAUAUCUUUCUUAUCAAUCAUUUCUGUUAUUAAGGUGCAACAAAGCAAUGUGUGGAUUCACUGUGAUUGUACAGAGUUGUCAGGUCACUACUGGAACUUAGUAGAGUCUCUAUCAAACCUGCUACAAGUCCCCGUCAAAGUUAGCUUCAUUCGCCGUCCCACUCAUGUGUACGGUCAGCCGCUCAGCUCCGUCUACCACUCAUCAGACAUUGCCAGGAUCCAGGUGUUAAUGGAGAACGGAGGAGUCUACUUAGACACUGACAUGGUCUUGUUGAAGCCUCUCGACCAAUAUUUACACUAUGAAAUGGUAGUAGGAUGGCCUUUGGAUGAAUACUUUGGAAACCAGAUUAUGAUUGGUCACCCCAAAGCUAGGUUCUUAAAGAAAUAUCUGGAAAGUUACAAACGCUAUUUGCCACGAGAAUGGUACUAUAAUGGAGGCCAAAUGCCAACGGAGCAGAUACUCAUGAAGGAACCACAUCUGGUGCAUAGAGUUCCAGUUCUGUUUGGCGUUCACAACUUGAUAGAUAAGUUGUACGGAGCAAACCCUUGGAAUGCUUGGAGACAAUACUUUGCGAUACAUCUUCUAAGCAGACAUCACGUUGACACAGAGAGGCUGAACGAAACCACAAUUUUACAAUACGACAAACCUUUUGGUGAAGUAGCACGAUGGAUUUUAUAUCAGUUAAAGCCAGUAUUAAACACUUCUAAAGGAAGUUGGGAUGAAGAUUCAAGCUUAUGAAGCGAAGAAAAAACACAAAUUUAAACUCAGCAAGUAAUUUCUAGAUGCAGAAUUGCAGAUACAGAGAAGGAACCAGGACCCUUAUGGUAUGUUUUUUAUCUGUCCACAGGUAAAUAAAUAGCCGGGGGUUGAGCCUUGCUCGUUUGUGGUUGAUUGGGUUUAAUAGUUAAAAUAAUACCAUGAUCAGACACAUAAUAUAAUUUAGAAAAAUAAUUUUAUAAGAAACCAAAAACAUCUAAUUGCUGAGACAUUUAACGAUUGUGUAAUGUCUGUCUAAUUCCACCCGUUUCAUAGAUUAUAGCAUUUAGAUUAUUUGCAGUACCGUAAGAAAUUGAAUUGAGAAAAUUGACAUUUCAUUUUAAUAUUAACCACUGACACCCCUGCUCAAGAUGAUCGGUCUGUUGUUCAUCAUUUUGCACGGCCAUAAGAUCUGAAAUUAUUUCUCUCCUUUUAUUCUUCGAUGCACGACUUGGCCGAAGUUUUGAGACAUUUGGUGGGAUGUAUGAGCUGGUUGGAACUGGAUUGGUUGUAGACAAAGAGGUAAAAUUUGUUUCCUGUCGAUCGAUUGUAGCUUCUCUCCCUUUCAAAUUACUUGUAUUCGCUUCCGAGGUCUUCCACGUUCAUUUAAUACAUUUUUGUACCCAUUUUUGUAUACAGUUUCGACCCCCCUCCUCCAGGCCCAUAUAUGUCCAGGACACCCAAGGUAUAUGUGUUUGUUUAUUUUAUUUGUUUAUUAGCAUGUUAUAUAGGUAAUACUAUUGUACAUUCUAAACUAAAUCUAUAAUUAGUAAAAACUGUUAUAUCCUAAGCAUUUAUCGGUCUGACUAGUUAUUUUAUUUCUGUUGGCAGCGCUAUGCAAAACGGAUAGAAAAGUGUAAUUUUUUUCUGGUACUAUACGGAGGCCAUAUAUUUUACAGCCCGAUGCGGCGCUUAUGUUAGGUUGGGUUAUCAUAAAUAUGUUUGUAGGAAUUUCUUAGUUUUGUUAUGAAUCUAACGAUUCCAGAUGAGUCAUACUUUCUAUUUAUGAAAGCCCAACCUAACAUAAUCACUGCAGCGAUACAAGAGUGGCCUCGAUAUAUUACCAAAGUACCGUAAUUUUUCUCUAUCAUGAUUGCUUGUAAAUAAUUUUAGUAUCUCUGCACACAUGUAUAUAGUUUUAGUAUAAUGUUAUGACAACAUUUUUGUGCUACAUUGUGUAUACUUUUACCACCAAGUAGGCCUACCUGAAAAGUAUUAUUAAACCGGGUUUAUAUUUUUGUACAUCUUUUA